UCCCAUCAAAAUGGCUGCGCUUUGAAUGCAUCGACUGAUGGCGUGAGCGAUGGUUUGCAACGAUUUUUGUGCACAAAUCCAGUGAAUCCAACACUUCUUGCGAUCAAUCGGUGCUCAACGAUGAGCUCGUCUUCGGGCCCGAGCGCUGGCACAUCGGGCAAAAGAAGUCGAAGCAAAGUGUCCAUCACUUGCGAGGAUGAGGGCAACGCUUCCAAACGUCUCAAACCCGACUGUUGUCGAGUGAAUGACUUGAAUGUUGUGAACAAAUCCCGGAUCUAUAACUUCGGUUAUCGCAAAAAACCGGCCGAACUCUUCCGCAAAGAUCUCAUCUCUGCCAUGAAGAUGGCGGAUACCGAACAACUGAAUCGUGAGGAAUAUCUGCCAAUCACUGACUCGUGGAGAGAGGAGUGGGAGAAAGGGGUUCAGGUUGCCGUCAAUCCCGAUAUACUACCCGAACCUCAGGUGAAGGUUUUGCGCGAAUGUCUGACAACUGAUAAUCCGUUUAAAUUGCCGAAGAAGUUGAUUAAGAGUCGUCCGGAAUCGGAACCAAUUGCUUCCAACUAUGAGUUGGAUUUGCAGGACUUGUGUUGGUUGGAAGCGAUGGGUGAAUGCGAUAACAGCCCACAAAUGAGUGAUAACCAGUUGGAGGAAGUGAUAAACCAAUUGGAACAGCAAUGCGCCAGAAAUAUAAAGGCCCGACAGGUGGGCAUUGAAUACGACGACCACAUCAUAUGCGACGUCUGCCGGAGUCCCGACGCCGAAGAGGGCAAUGAGAUGGUGUUCUGCGACCUCUGCAAUAUCUGUGUCCAUCAGGCGUGCUAUGGCAUCGUCGACAUUCCCGAAGGCGAUUGGCUGUGCAGACCGUGCAAGAAGUUCGGGUCCCAUAAGAAUAUAUCGUGUGUUUUGUGUCCAAAUUUUGGCGGUGCCUUAAAGCCCACGAGUAGUUCCAACCAAUGGGCGCACGUGUCGUGUGCCCUAUGGGUGCCCGAAGUGAGCAUCGGUUGCGUGUCCACAAUGGAACCGAUCACUAAAAUCAAACAAAUACCUCAAACGCGUUGGAAUCUCAUCUGUUCCCUCUGUAACGUCAAACAGGGCGCUCCCAUCCAGUGCUCCGUGAAGACAUGCAAAACGGCGUAUCACGUGAUCUGUGCGUUCAAUCAUAAGCUAAGAAUGAAAGCUAUCGUCGAAAGCGACAAAACAAAAGGAGUGAAACUGAAGUCUUAUUGUCAGAAACACACGGAAAAGGGUGACGUCGACGAUGACGGCAAUGUCUGUCCCGUCGAAGCCAAAAGUGAGUCAUCGAGUGGUGAGACCUCUUCCAAAACCCAACACGAGAUCGAAAUCGCGACCCAUAUUCCCGAAGAUGAGGACAAACACGAGAAUGACUUUUGGAAAUAUAUUGAUAUAAAUAAAGUACAACAAGAGCUGAUUCGACUGAAUGCGAGCUAUAGUUUGAGCAAAAGUUUCAAUUUCCUGGACUUCAUCGUCCAGUACUGGAAACUGAAGCGCACCUCCAAUUACGGCGCAUCCCUUAUAAAGUUGACGUCUUCGGCACAAUUCCAGGAACAACAGCAACAGCAGAGGAAUGAGAUCCUCCGCCUAAGAGUCGAUUUGGAGAGAAUCCGGAACUUAAGUUAUAUGAUAUGCCGGCGCGAGAAAGUCAAACGCAAUUGGCUUUCCUCUCAUCAAAACACUGUCGAGAAAGGCAUCUCUUCCUUCACGGGAGUCGAGACAAGCAGCGAAUCCCCGGCCAAGAGUGUGCCGUCGUAUCUGUCAUACGACGCCUCCCGACUUAUUUGUGAUAUCGUUAACAAUAGUGUUAUAUAUAGUUAUACGGAAGAGGAGAAUAAAAACAAAACCAAUAGUAUAGUGAGACAACUGAGAAGACUGUCUAAAGUAGAUUGCGUGCAAAGACAUAAACCCAAUCCUUACGCCAAGUUCUAUAUAUCGCAAUACAAACGCAAACCAGACUCACCCACCGGUGGACAACCAGUCAAUGGAGUCCCGCAAACGGUUACCACAAACACAUCCAUUAAUCCAUUAAAUGGUUUAAUAAAUAAGACUAAAACCGAUAAACCAGUGAACGGCUUGUCGUCACCCAAACACCAAAUUAAGUACAAUUCAGUGCCAGUGAAUGGUUUGCACGACAGCUCCGAGAGUUCAUUAGUUAAGAUGCCGUCGCCCGACAGGAAAUCCUCAUUGAAUUACAGACAGUCUCCGCGAUCUCUCCUAAAGCCUAACAGUAAAUACAUGUCUCCUUCCAAUGUAAUCGAUUGCAACAAAGAGGACAAACCCUUGCCCUCAUUAGUACCAGUGCUGACGCGAACUUCUUUGAGUGGAUAUAAGAUACCAAAGAAAAAACAGGAGUUCUCUUUCGAAAUCGACGAAACAAUUGAAAAACUUAAGCGUCGAUUAGACACUGAGUUCAGUCCCAACUCGAAAUCUCCUAAAAAUGCCAACAAAUUACAAACAAACCAAUUGUCUGAAUCGAACCAGGACCUUUCUUAUUAUAAUAUUAAUAGCACUAAUAAUAGCAGUCAAUCACAGAGAGAACAGUACAUAACUCGAGGCAAAAACAAUGGCUUUUAUAGCAAUAAAAACAAUAAUAAUAAUAACAACAGUUUGUUGAGAACCCGCGCCCAUCACAACAGUGUGGACGAGGAGGCACUCAUGGCCUCCGCCAAGAACGACAUCGAUAUGCGAAGACAUCAGGCGUUAGGUUUCAAACACUCUCUCAUACAUUGACAGCACCUCUCAAUUCAUUAUCCCUUUGACAGUCAAUUCAUUUGUCAACCUAUCGGUCAAUAAUUAUAUUUCAUUCAUUCAUUUGUCUCUAAUUUCCAAUCAUUGACUCAUUCGC